UAUUUAUUAGUUUUGCUCAGGGCCAAUUUAUCCAGGCCAUGGAAUUAUGUUUGUAAGAAAUGAUGCCAAGGAAUUUCGGUUUUGUAGAUCAAAAUGCCAUAAAAACUUUAAAAUGAGGCGUAAUCCCAGAAAGGUUGCAUGGACAAAAGCGUUUAGAAAAGCUAGAGGAAAAGAAAUGACUAUUGAUACUACACUUACAUUUGCUACUCGUAGAAACAUUCCUAUUCGUUAUAAUAGAGAUAUUGUUGCUAUCACUCUUAAGGCCAUUAAUCGUGUAUCUGAAAUUCGUUCACGAAGAGAGCGCGUAUUUUAUAAACAUCGCAUGGCUGGAAAUAAAACAAAAUUAUUAGAAGAUGCCAAAAAAUUAAUAAAAAUGAACCCUCAACAAUUUCCUGAAACAGAAGAGUUAAUGAGGGACCCUCAAGAAAAAUUAGAAGAAGCAUCUCAUAAAAAAACAGAAGAAAUAAAAAUACCUUUAUUAUCUAAGAAGAAAAAAUCAAUCAAAUUUCAAAUUGAUGAUACAAAUAUUGAUUAGAUUUUACAGGUUUAUUUCUAAACAUCAUUUUAUUGUAUAUAUUAU